UCUGUGCUUUUCAUCUUCCUUAACUGUGCGACGAAGUUCAAGUUGCAAUUAUCUUUUUCUUCUCACUAGAUCCCGAGGUCUAUUUAUUCUACUCUACAACAUGAGCCUCUCUUCGUUCCUUCUAGGGGUUUCAAGUGUGAAAGGAAAGGAAAAGGCGAUCGAUACUGGGCUUGAUAACCUCUUUCGUUCAACUGCUGUUGCCCCUGUAGUCGCUAAUAAUCCUUCAGAAAAAAGCACAACCAAAACUCCGGAGAAGGACAAGAAGAGGAAACAUCAGGAGACUGAGAUAGAACCGGCAGCUGCAUCGUCCUCCAAAGCAAAACGACCAAAGUCGGAAAAGAAAGUAGAAUCCGACUCGACAUCGAAGAAGUCGACAAAAUCUAAGUCUCGUAAAGAAAAGACUCGUUCGGACGAACCCACAUCGGAACAACUAGAAUCUUCUAGCCCUCAACAACAACACAAAUCAAGCUCUCAGGCGCGAGAUUCAGAACCGGAGCCUUCUGACGAUGACGAAGAUCCGUCACAACUUGUUCAUGAAUCGUUAGCCAAUGGCGGCCAACGCAAAGGCAGAGGGCGUCAUGCCCAACACAAGUUCGUUCCUACAAACGAGACGUCAGAGCAACGAGACUUGCGUACAAUAUUUGUCGGCAACGUCGCCAUCGAAGUUGUAAAGAGCAAGUCUUUGACCAAACAACUCAAACGACACAUUCUCUCUUUCGUGCCAGAAGCGAAGAUUGAAUCCGUUCGUUUCCGUUCAGUGGCUUUCCAAAAGCCAACAGCUCCACUUACCACAGGCGAAGACGACGACAACGCUACUGACAAGUCGAAAUCCGCUCCCAAAGCCAAGGAUAGCCGACAGCAUGAUCGAGACCGAGCAGCGUCCUGGCGUGCAAAUAAAAGCAAUGGUGACUCUGACGAUGAAUUUGCGCCAAACGCAGAAAAGACCUUCCUCACUCCAGCAGAGAAGAAACGCGUCGCCUAUAUCAAACAUGAGUUCCAUUCUAGCGUCGACUCAGUCAACGCUUAUAUCGUCUUCGCACACCCCAUACCUGAGGCUGCCUCCUCAAGACCAUCUAACCUUCCCCCACCAAAGCCUGUCAUGAACCCUUACGAAGCCGUCCAAGUCGCAGUUCAGAAGGCUGACGGGAGUACGUUCUUAGAUCGUACGAUACGCGUAGACAUUGUUGGGAAGAGCGGCAAGAAACAAGGCGAGAUGAGUGGUGACCCGAAGAAGACUGUAUUUGUGGGCAAUUUGGAUUUUGCGAGUAAGGAGCAGGAUUUGAGAGUGUUCUUUGAGGGGUUGGUUGUAGCAGAGAGAGGUCCUCCAUCAGCGGCUGAUGAAGAUCAAUCUGAAGACGAGGAGGAAGACGAGGAGGGGGAAGAGAAGAAGACUGAAGGUGUGAAAAUGCCCAAGACGUGGGUCAAGCGUGUGCGUAUCAUACGAGACAAGGAUACACAACUCGGCAAAGGUUUUGCAUAUGUUCAAUUCGUGGAUCGUGAUUGCGUAGACGAGAUACUCUCCCUCGAACAAGAUCGUCUGAAGUUUGCCAAACGUAAACUUCGCGUUCAACGCUGUAAGACCCUCCCAGGCGGUACCAAAGUCAAACUCUCCACCCCUGCCAAACCACUUCCUUCUACCGGUCCCACUCGUCCCAAAGCCCCUAGACCUUCUAUUUCCUCCUUAAUAAUCGUUCCCAAAGGCGACCCCUCAUUAGGACAGAAAAUCUCUCAUCUAUCUAAAGAGGAUCGCAAGCAAGUCAAGCUGAGCGAUGCAGACCGUGUAGCCAGACGUCUGAUGAAGAAGAAAGCCAAGGCUCUGGCGGAGAAGGGUGUGAAGGCGAGGGAUGAUUUGAAGGAGAGGAAUAGGAAGAGAACUAAGGAGAAGAAGGUUGGAGGAGGUCAUGGUGGGGAGAAGGCGAAGAAGAGGGUGAGGAGUAAUAAGGCUUUGGUGAAGAUGAACAUCAAGAAGUAGUGUCCUCAGCAGUGUGGUAGAUCUGCUUACUUGCUUAAUUCAUCUGGGUAUCCUUUCAAGUGAAUGU